AUUUACAUGCUGUCACGGCCCGGUGCGGACUCCUGGGCUCGCGGGUAGCUCACGCGCUAGCCCCCGGGGCUGCAGCCGCCGCCGCCGCUGCCACCGCCACCGCCACCGCCACCGCCACCGCCGGCCGCUCGGAUCAGCGGAGUCCGCCAGCCGGAGAAACGGGGCUGCCUGCCGAGGGCGCGCUGCCUGCGGCUCUCCCUUGCCGCCAGCCCGCCAGCCCGGCCGCCCGCCCUUCCUGCCGCCUUGCAGCUUGUUCUUCCGGGCACCCUGGAGUCCCAAAAGGCCAGCUCCGCAGGUGCGCACCUGCCGGCCGCCCCCGACCUCCCGGAUCAGGCAGCCUCCGAGCCUGAGAAGAUGGCCCAGCCGAAGGUCGACUGCCGCUCACCUGUCGGCCUCGACUGCUGCAACUGCUGCCUGGACCUGGCCAACCGUUGCAAUCUCCAGACAGGGAGAAGCGGGGAGAACAACCCAGGCAGCCCUGCGGUGAGCAACUUUCGGCAGCUGCAGGAGAAGCUGGUCUUCGAGAACCUCAACACCGACAAGCUUAACAACAUAAUGCGGCAGGAUUCGCUGGAGCCCGUGCUGCGCGACCCCUGCUACCUGAUCAAUGAGGGUAUCUGCAACCGCAACAUCGACCAGACCAUGCUCUCCAUUCUACUCUUCUUCCACAGUGCCUCUGGAGCCAGUGUGGUGGCCCUAGACAACAAGAUUGAGCAGGCCAUGGAUCUAGUGAAGAAUCAUCUGAUGUAUGCCGUGAGAGAGGAGGUGGAGAUCCUAAAGGAGCAGAUUCGUGAGCUGGUCGAGAAGAACUCCCAGCUGGAGCGUGAGAAUACCCUCCUGAAGACGCUGGCAAGCCCAGAGCAGCUGGAAAAGUUCCAGUCCCAGCUGAGCCCUGAAGAGCCAGCACCUGAAGCCUCAGAAACCCCAGAAGCCCCUGGUGGUUCUGCGGUGUAAGUGGCUCUGUCCUUUGGGUGGGCAGAGCCACAACUUGUUCUACCUAGUUCUUUCCAGUUUGUUUUUUGGCUCCCCAAGCGUCAUCUCAUGUGGAGAACUUUACACCUAACAUAGCUGGUGCCAAGAGAUGUCCCAAAGACACAUCUGGGUCCACUCCAGUGACAGACCCCUGACAAAGAGCAAGUCUCUGGAGACUGAGUUGCAUGGGGCCCAGUAACCCCAAGCCAGUGAGCCUGUCAUGCCACCGAGCCCUGGGGGCGCCCAGGGCCUGGGCAACUUAGUUACAGCUGGCCAAGGAGAAAGUAGUUUUGAGAUGUAAUGCCAGUGUACUCCAGAAAGUAUAAGGGGUCUGUUUUUUCAUUUCCAUGGACAUCUUCCACAGCUUCACCUGACGACUGUUCCUAUGAAGAAGCCACUUGUGUUUUAAGCAGAAGCAACCUCUCUCUUCUCCUCUGUCUUUUCCAGACAGGGGCAGAGAUGGGAGAGAUUGAGCCAAAUCAGCCUUCUGUUGGUUAAUAUUGUAUAAUGCAUGGCUUUGUGCACAGCCCAGUGUGGGAUUACAGCUUUGGGAUGACUGCUUAUAAAGUUCUGUUUGGUUAGUAUUGGCAUAGUUUUUCUAUAUAGCCAUAAAUGCAUAUAUAUACCCAUAGGGCUAGAUCUAUAUCUUAGUGUAGUGAUGUAUUCUUAUACACAUACACCUACAUGUUGAAGGGCCUAACCAGCUUUGGGAGUACUGACUGGUCUCUUAUCUCUUAAAGCUAAGUUUUUGACUGUGCUAAUUUACCAAAUUGAUCCAGUUUGUCCUUUAGAUUAAACAAGACUCGAGAUAUAAGGGAGGGAGAGGGAGACCAGCCUCACCAUGCGGCCACUGAUGCCUUGCUGCUGCAACCCUCCCGAAUUUGUCCACUGAAGACGUGAAGUCCUCUUUUGAAUGCCAAACCCACCAUUCAUUGGUGCUGACUACAUAGAAUGGGGUUGAGAGAAGAACAGUUUGGACUUCACAUUUUUGUUUAAGUUUUGGGUUUUUUGUUUUUGUUUGUUUUUUGUUUGUUUGUUUGUUUGUUUUUGGUUUGUUGUUUUUCUUUUUUUAAAGUUCUUGUGGGAAACUUUGGGAUUAAUCAUAGGAUGGAGUCCUCUGGUAGAUGAGAGGAGUAAAUAGUUUUGUUCCCUUUGGGGCCUGGAAAAUGUACCCAGGAAGCUUGUAUAAGGAGGUUCUGUGACAGUGAACACUUUCCACUUUCUGACACCUUAUCCUGCUGUAUAUCUCCAGGAUAUGGAUUUGGAUUUUUCAAAUGUAGCUUGAAAUUUCAAUAAACUUUGCUCUUUUUUUCUAAAAAUAAA